CUGAGUUUACAUCCGGGUCUUUUCCCUAGGCAAUGGGAGUCGCAGCACCGCCGUUCCUUAGGCAAAGUGAAAUAAAUUCGCCACACCGACAAAAAAAUCUAGUCCGCUUUAAGAAGACGUCCUUUAGCGGGCCGGCGCGGCCGAUCGACUCCAUCGGAAAAACUUUCGGAACAGGCGUCAGCGAAAUCGUUGACCCGGCGGCGGCCCGACAAGCUUUGUGCAGGCGGACAAGUAGUUUUGCUGGGCCUUCGUGUAGCUCCGCGGCGGAGGGAUCUGUGUUGUGCGCAGGCUGAGCUGAAUGAGAUUGAACAAGAGUUCUUGUUUUGUAGCUUCAGUUUAUCCCUUUUGAGACCAAUUUGGCCAAACUACGUCCAAAAUUGAGCAACUAAGUCAAGGUGCGUGGGAAGGAGCGAACGGUACUCUUUGUGGGCUCUUGUUCAUCGUGGAUGGGCUUCUUGGACGUCUCUAUUUAAUUCAUCUGGAGGAGGACUGCUGCUGCUGCUGCUGCUGCUGAGGCAGGGCAGAGGGGUGGAGUCCAGUCCCACAGCUGGGUGUGAUCCGGAUGUCGUCUUCCUCACAGCAGCACGUUCAUGCUUCAGGUGGAUGCUUUUCCCACUGGAGACGGCGUUCAGGCUGAUCCAUCAGCUGAAAGACUGACUGCAUCAAUGAUGGAAUUACAGACACUGCAGGAGGCUCUGAAGGUGGAGAUCCAGAUCCAUCAGCCUUGCGGAGCUUCAGUGAAGUCAACUGUCAAUUGGAAACUGGUGGCCCAAAUGAAGCAAGACCCUCAGAAUGCAGCUCUGAAGAAGCAACUUCAUGAACUUCAGGCAAAGAUCACUGCGCUGAGUGAGAAGCAGAAAAAGGUGGUGGAGCAGCUGAGGAAGGAGCUGCUAGUCAAGCAAGAACCAGAAGCCAAACUUCAGCUGCAGGUCCACACACCAAGCGAUGUGAAGCCAGCCAGCCUGCUGCAGACCCAGCAGAUUCCUGGAGGACUGCAGCAGACGCUGACGGUUACGCCGGUCCUCACCGCCAAGACGCUACCUCUGGUGCUGAAAGCUGCAGCCACGCCCACCCUCCCUGGGUCCAUCCUGCCUCAACGCCCGGCCACCGUAACCAUGGUAACCACUGCCAUCUCCAAGCCCGACUUGCACAACGCCCCCAUCAACCUGCAAGUGGCGGGCAAACUGAGUACUCACAGCCUGGAACCAGUGAGGCUUGUGUCGAAGAACGCCAUGCUGCUGCAGGCCGCCAGCGCCCAACCAAUCAAAGUUCCACAGUUUGUUCCUCCUCCUAGACUGAUGACACCAGCCACCUUUCUCACACAGCAGGUCAGGCCAAAGCCUGCCUUGCCCGCCAACGUCCCCAUCGCCCCUGCCCCUCCCCCACCCAUGAUGGCGGCACCCCAGCUCCUUCAGAGGCCCGUCAUGUUGGCCACCAAGCUAUCGCAGUCGCUGUCGCCCGCUGCCGCGCCCAUUCACCAGCUGCGCAUCGUUAACGGACAGCCGUGCGUCAAGACCGGCUCCGCCCCUUUGACCGGCAUCGUCAUCACCUCACCCACCACGGCCGCCUGCCUCGCCAGUCCAGCCCGGGCGCCCGACCCCGCCUCUGUCCCCGCCCGGCCCCCGCAGAUCAGGAGUCUGACCGCAGAGCCCAAGCAGACUGUUAAAACGGGAGGUGGAGCUGAGCACAAGGCGGCGCUCACGCUCCCCUCUUCGUCGACUCCGCCCUUGUCUCUGCCUCCCAGGCCCAAAAAGGAGGAGAGUCCGGAGAAACUGGCCUUCAUGGUGUCCUUGGGUCUUGUAACGCACGACCACUUGGAAGAGAUUCAGAGCAAAAGGCAGGAGAGGAAGAGGAGAACGACGGCUAACCCGGUCUACAGCGGCGCUGUGUUUGAGCCUGAAAGGAAAAAGAGCGCUGUGAGUUACCUGAACAGCCCUCUGCACCAGGGGACCCGGAAGAGAGGUCGCCCACCCAAAUACGGCGGCGUCCCGGAGCUGGGCUGCCUCACCCCGACCUCCCCCUCCAGCCCCGUCAACCCCCUCCCCCUGCCCAGCUCUGGGGAUGGAGACAUCCAUGAGGACUUCUGCACUGUGUGCAGACGCAGUGGCCAGUUGCUCAUGUGCGACACGUGUUCUCGUGUCUAUCACCUGGACUGCCUGGAACCGCCCUUGAAAAGCAUUCCUAAAGGCAUGUGGAUCUGUCCCAAAUGCCAAGAUCAGAUUCUCAAGAAAGAAGAAGCCAUUCCCUGGCCCGGGACACUGGCCAUUGUCCACUCUUACAUCGCCUACAAAGAAGCGAAAGAAGAAGAGAAGCAGAAGCUCAUCAAGUGGAGUGCAGAACUGAGGCUGGAGCGUGAGCAGCUGGAACAGCGAGUCAAGCAGCUUAGCAACUCCAUCACGAAAUGCAUGGAGACCAAGAAUGGCAUCCUGGCUCGCCAGAAGGAGAUGCAGCUGUCUCUGGACAAGGUCAAACAUCUGGUCCGCCUCAUCCAGGCCUUCAACUUCAACCAGACGGCGGCCGACCCAGACGGCAGGAACAUCAGAGUCCAAGACGCUCUGGCGCCGCCCAAAGCAGAGUCGGCGCCACCCAAGUUUGAGACCGGUGGCGUGGGCCAGAGUGACAAAGCUGGGGAGCGUGUGCUGGAGAGGAGUGAGACCACCACGGGAGACACCGACUGUCGGGGCGGCCUCACGCAUGCCCCAAAUAAUGGGGAAGGAGCUAAGACAGGGACCGGGACACAGGCGGAGGGUGCGGCCUUCGAGGCCGAGAGUGUCGCGUCUCCGCAGGUGGGUGUGGCGUCUUCCUCAGAGGCGCCGACGCUCGCUACCACCAAUGGUACGACCGAGCUACAGCCGUGCCCCUCUUCUGUCGCGGACGCCACUGCCGACUCUGAGAACAAGAUGGCCACCGCCAGCCCUCCGGAAACUCUGGCGCAGGACAAGCGAGACAUCUGCGACAGCAACAACAAAACCUCAGAACCCUCCCAGCAUUCUGUGCCAGUGCUUGGCGGCACUGAGUGACUGUCGCCUUCACGUGGAAUACGAUUCAGAAAAAAAAAGUUGCCAAUCUGUGUAAGUGUCGUUCGUUUGCGUCGUAUUGUCAGCCUGUGUCGAUGGUAGAUAGUGGCCUGGUCGCGUGUGGCCAGUUAGCCAUAGACGUUGUCAUGGGAACGCUCGAAAGGAGGCUGAAUCCAUCACACCAGAGUGUGCCUGUCCCGGCGGUCCGGGGCGGGGGCCGGGGUUCUGCGGUCAGGAGGGAGGGCCGUGCCGCCUGUCUCAGAACGUGGUCCAAUAGCGCGGUCGGCAGCUCCCAUCCGACCCCGCGUAAGGUUAGCUAACCCUAUUCAAAUAAAGUCGCUCCACCCACCUCAGUUUUUCGUUUGAAGUGUUCAGACUGGGCGGCGGCAACCCAGCCCCUCACCCACCCGCUCGAGACUGUAGCCCCACUCACUAAGGCAGGCGCCAAUGAGGUGGAGCCAGAGCAGCGUUGUUGUUGUGAGUUGUCAUUCGUGUGUCCGUGUGAUGUGCUUUGUUUUCUGACGACAACGUGUUCAUGUCUUCCUGGUGUUGGGACGAAGCGCUUCGUGUUCCGGCUCCUCCACCGCCGCCACCGCCAUCUUUAACUGCCAAACGCAUCAAAUGCGCCAGGGGGCGGAGCCCCCCCCCCCCCCCCCCCCCCCCAAAAAAAAGCACAAGUUUGGUUUCUUCUUCUGGUUCUUUGAUGUGACCAUCUGAAUCCUCCUACUUCGGAGGAAGCACAAGAAGAGACUGCAGGGGCCACUGCUCACGUCUUGCUACGUCAUUCAUGGUGCCUCUGUUUUUUAUUUUUGGUUUCCUCUUUUGAGGUCACGACUUGUCAGCCAAUUAGCAUAUUUUGUGGUCUCGACUCUGCCCUCUUCAGUAGGUACCUUGAGUGCCUUCGAUUCAUCAAGACUUGCACUGUGACGCGUAGACCUGCCCCUUCACUUCAUUGGCCGCUCAGUGAUGCGUAGACCCGCCCGCCCCAUCAACUUAUUGGCCUCUCAGUGACGUGUAGACUUGCCCCUUCAGCUUAUUAGCCGCUCAGUGUUUUGCUGCCUUAAAUGUUUUUUUUUGGUCUUGUUUUUUUACCUGAUCAAUUCGCUCAUUGAGGGGUCAAAGGUUGCCAAGUCAGCCAGGUCGUCAUUACGACGAAGCUGAGGCGGUGAUGCACUUUCAUUUGAGCAGUAUUACAACACAAAGGUGUGGUCCCCCCCCCCCCCCCCCCCCCCCCCCCCCCCCCCCCCACCACUCCACCCAUCAUAGCAUGCCUUCUUAUGCAAAUUUUCUACACAUUAUUUAUGCAUUAGUUUGUGCUGAUUGGUUUCGUUCAUUUUGCAUUUGUCUUUUUGUUGUUUGGAUUGGGCGGAGCCGGGAGGAGUUGUCAUCUGAGUGGGCGGAUCAAAAAAGGGUCCUUUUAUCCAAAGAACACAAGCGACAUGUUGCCAUUAAAUGGUAUUCCCGAGAUGACGUUCCCAUCGGAUGGAAUUUGCUAGGUGACAUGUCACCAUUGGAUGGAAUUCCUGAAGGUGUUCCCCAAAUUUCCCAAUGUUUGUGAGCAUCCAGUCAUGACUGUGGCCUUCUCGUGUUGUCUUCACAUGACCCUGUGACCCCUGACUUUUUUUUUUUUUAAUCUUCCAUGUGCUCAGACGCAUUGUAGCGCUAACCCUCCUAAUUAAGAACAAGUGUACAUUGGGAAUCUUUGUAUAAUUGUUUGUAUUUUUUCAUAAUAAUUUUGGAAAGGAAUGUGUUUAUUUUUUUGGACUUGUGUUCCACACGUGUCUUCUGUUGGCCAUGUUGGUGGGAUUCUUACCUCUGUAUUGAGCCUCCUCCUCUUGUGAUGGUGAUGAUGCAGUGUUUCACUAAAUACUGUUGCUAGGUUACAGGAUGGCACCAGCCACCACUAGGAGCAUUUGAUCAAUUUCUAUUUAUUUAUUUUAUCAGUUUGCUAAUAAAUCCUCAAAACCA